GUUGUCAGAACUCGGUCACUUCUCUCAGAAGUUACGUCUCCUUGUUUAGGACUCAGAGCGAACAACAGCCAGCAAGCAGCAGCAGCCAUGCCGAGCCGAACCGCGCAGGAGUGGGUCCGCUUGUCCCUUCGCACACCGGGCAUCCUGAUCUUCGGGAUGGUCCUGGUUCCCUGCGGCUGGGUGCUGGCCCUCGUCGCCACCGUGGCCCCCAACUGGAGGACCCUCAACAAUCUCCCCAACGCCCCGGAGGGCGAGUACAUCGAGCAGGGGAUCUGGGACAUCUGCAGGACCAACCCGUCCUCCCAGAGACCGGCGUGCGGGCUGGUGGACACCACGUACUUCAAAAACCAGGUCAUCGAGCCGGCGCAGGGGCUGAUGGUCGCCUCCCUGAUCGUGGCCAUUAUCGGCCUGUGUGUUGCCAUCCCGGGGGUCCGCUGCUGGAAACCAGAACCCAACUGGACCACGGCCGGCCUGGGUGGACUGCUCUUCUUCCUCGCGGGCGUCAUGACCAUCAUCCCCAUCGCGUGGUACACCCACAUCCUCGAGGAGGUCGCCACGGUGAGCCCGACCAUCAAUGUGAAGGUCGGCUACUGCAUCAUCCUGGGCUACAUCGGCGGGAUAUUCGAAAUCGUGGGCGGCUUCGUCAUGUUCAUCGGCAUCUGUCGCUGCUGCGGCGGGAAGAACCGAGGCGAGAGGCGGGUCGAGGACGUCGUGGGCCCGCGGUUCCGAUCCAAGCCGCCGCCGAGACCCGUUGUCGUGCCGAGCCUGAGCCGUCCGGACCGGAGCAACGCCAGCAGCAGCGUGCCUUACUCCAGGAACUCCAUGGAUGAUGAUGUGUCCUUCCCCCGGGCCAAGAGCCCCGCGAUCCGGACAGACAACAGCUCGUACGGCGGCAGACCCUACGAUGCUGACCUGUGAGGAGCACAUCUGGACUCACACAUCUGGACUCACACAUCUGGGCGCACUAAGAGGGUAACACAACCUGAGGAGGUUACACGAGAGUGGACGUUGUUCCAGGAAGAAGUCCUUGAAUGAUGACUUUACAAUCCACCACCUAUAUUAGAAAUAGCCUAUUAAUAUUCAGGAGUAUCACUUUUAAGUCACCAUUGUUGCCUGGUGUGAAACCAUAAGUAGUGAAUUUAUUUUUUAUCCAGAGAUCAAACACCCUUAAAUAGAUGUAAACUAACUAUUACAUGAAUGAGGAAGAAUGACUUAAAACAUAGUAUUAAUGUGUUUGAAGGCAUUUUUGUAUUAUGAGAAUAAUGUGUUUAAUAGAGGGGCAGGGCUACAGAUUAGAGUCAUUAUAAGCGUUGACAUCAUUACACCCAUGUGCCUCUUGCUGUGCUGUAGGAUGAUGAAGUAGAGGAUUGUAAGAAUAUUACAGUGGAAAGAGAUUAAGUCUGGAAAGUGGAGGAUUCUCUACGAUUCACUUCUUUGAGUGAAUCGAGGAGGGAAGAUCCGAUUUGCCUCAUCUGUCUUUUAACAUUCUGCAAAUGAUGCUGAACUCCGUUUGUAAAUAUUUCUCUGAGGAAAAAAUGUGUUUUCUCCCUGUGUUCACUGCCUAAUCCAACUUCUUUUUUUUUGUUGUUUAUGUAAAUACUGUGUUGUUAAUGCACUUUACAACUGUGGCCGAGCUCAUAGAAGGAUCAAUAUUGUCCCAGCGUGCGUGGCUCUGUGACACAAGUGCAGUUCAUUAAACGCUCACUGUGAAUAAGA